AUGCCAUGGCUUGCAUUUGCUGCACAGAAAGUAGUUGAAGUCAAUGCCUUGGCGGAGGCAUUAUCUGGUCAGAAAGACGAGGCAUUCUUCUCUGCCAAUGCUGCAGCUCAGGCUUCAAGAAAAUCAUCGCCAAGGGUGACUAAUGAGGUUGUUCAAAAGGCUGCUGCUGCUUUGAAGGGCUCUGAUCAUCGACGAUCUACAAAUGUCAGUGCCAGGUUGGAUGCUCAGCAGAAGAAACUGAACCUUCCAAUUCUACCAAUAACGACUACUGGAUCCUUCCCUCAGACAAUGGAGCUGAGAAAAGUUCGUCGUGAAUACAAGGCUAACAACAUCUUAAAUUGUUUUGCUGCUAUACUUUUAGAAUCUCUGAGAAAGAAUAUGUUAAGGCUAUCGAGGAAGAAAUCAACAAAGUUGUCAAGCUCCAGGAAGAGCUCGAUUGAUGUGUUGGUACAUGGUGAGCCGGAGAGGAACGACAUGGUUGAGUACUUUGGAGAGCAGUUGUCUGGUUUUGCCUUCACUGUCAAUGGGUGGGUUCAAUCUUAUGGGUCCCGUUGUGUCAAGCCACCUAUCAUCUAUGGGGAUGUGAGUCGUCCCAAAGCAAUGACUGUCUUCUGGUCCUCACUGGCUCAGAAUAUGACUAAGCGGCCAAUGAAGGGAAUGCUUACUGGCCCCGUUACCAUUCUAAACUGGACCUUUGUAAGAGAUGACCAGCCCAGAUUUGAGACUUGCUAUCAGAUUGCUUUGGCCAUCAAGGAUGAGGUUGAGGACCUUGAGAAAGCUGGCAUCAGUGUCAUUCAAAUUGAUGAGGCUGCUUUAAGAGAAGGUUUGCCUCUGAGGAAGUCUGAGCAAGCUUUUUACUUGGUUUGGGCUGUGCAUUCCUUCAGAAUUACCAACUGUGGUGUUAAAGAUAGUACCCAGAUCCACACCCACAUGUGCUACUCUAAUGUCUAUGAUAUCAUCCACUCGAUUAUAGACAUGGAUUCUGAUGUGAUCACUAUCGAGAACUCUAGGUCAGAUGAGAAGCUUCUUUCAGUUUUUAGAGGAGGAGUGAAGUAUGGUGCUGGCAUUGGCCCUGGUAUAUAUGACAUCCACUCCCCAAGGAUCCCAUCUACAGAAGAGAUUGCUGAACGGAUCAACAAGAUGUUUGCAGUUCUUGAGAGAAACAUCCUCUGGGUCAACCCUGACUGUGGCCUCAAGACACGCAAGUAUUCUGAAGUGAAGCCUGCGCUUAGUAAUAUGGUUGCUGCUGCUAAGCUCCUCCGCACCCAGCUGGCCAGUGAUUAGUGAUUUCGGAAAGCUCAUGUUUUGUUGAGAGGAAGAGGAGAAUCCCCGUUCAUAGCACGAUGAAUCCGUGGGCUUCUGUUGCGAAGACGAAUUCAUGUUAGUUUCCGAGUGCAUGUAUGAGAUCUGGGCAUUCUUGUUUUUAUUUCUCCUUUUAAGUUUGUUUUGUUUUUUCAUGGUUGUAUUUUUUUGCCAUGUGAGUCUUUCUUGAAGGACAUCUAAAACUAACUGACAUUGAGGAGUGAAAGUCAAGCACCAGUUUAAAUGGAG